GCGACUGGUUAUGCUCCAAUGUCCACAUUGAAUACAAAUUUACGCAUUUGCACGUCCUGCCGUCUAAACGUUGACAAAAGAGCAAUCUGUAUAUCAUCGGUUGAGCAGAGCGCAGGAAGUUCGAAAACGACAGCAACUGAGGAAUUGCCAGAUGUAUCGACAACAACUGAGGAAUUACCAGAAGUAUUAAGUGCUGAGAGCCUUGCCACCGUACCAUCAGCGAAAUCUGUUUCAACAAAUCAAUCGGAAGAUGAGUGUAUCCAAAAGGUCAACAUCGAACGCUUUAACGAGGGCAUAGCUGGGAUAAAAGUGACUCCGAUUAAAUGGAGUAAGACGGACUACGUUUAUUACCCGGAGAAAAAAUACCGUGAAAUAAACGAAGCUGUACGAAGAAACCUCUUCAAAUUAGGACCUGAUGAUGUGGAAAAUACAGACUACGAUGAGCUUUGUAUUGCAAGAUGAAGUGCAGUCCCAUCACUGGAACGUACAACAAGCUACAAUUCAUCCAUUCGUUAUUUAUUUUAAUGGAAGUACGCAAAUUGAACACUUAAGUUUUAUUAUAAUUUCCG